AUGGCUUCGAAAUCUACAGAAAACGAUCAAGAUAUUCGAUCAGAUCCACCGACGAUGACGGCACUCACCUUGCAAGAGAUGAAAGAUGGAGUACCCGCACCAUCUGAGAAUGACUCGAUACAUUCCAGCUCUGCACAUUCCGACACUUCAACUCUGAAUUACGACCAGGAGUCCUACGAUCUGUUCAAACUCCGCGUUGAAAGGCUUUGCCAGAUUCUCUGGCCUCCGCAGAGAUCCAUCAGACAAGCUUUGUCAAACAGCAAAACAGCAACACGUAUGCGUGCAAGCAAAUUCUUCCGUCUCAUCAUUCGCUCUCAGAAAGCACCACUCAUCGAGCGCCUCCGAGGCGGCGACUACAACCGCAUUGUGGGUAUAACACUGCCGCUGUCAAAAGACGAAGAGAGUCGCAAUCGCAAUCUCAUUCUUCGGGUACCACGAUGGGGCCAAGGCCAAACCGAAAGGGUAGUUGCCACUCUCGACUACUUGCGACGGAAGUCUACAAUCCCAAUAGCCACCACUAUUGCGAAGGACUUCAGUAAAGAAAAUCCGCUAGAGAGCCCCUACAUUAUUCAGAAUCGCAUCCCCGGAAGUAACCUCGAGGUUCUGUGGGCCGAAUUAAAUCAUUCGCAACGAUGCACCGUCGCUUGUGAAGUAGGUCGUGUGAUAAAAAGUCUUUUGGCACUCGAAAGUCCGGUGACAGGCCAUGUCGAAGCAUACUCCAAUGGCAUGGGGAGUACAGAGCCCCAUACUAUUGUCCCAUUCGACUUGAAGAGUGCUGGUGGAGAUCAAUUCGAAGAGCCAGAGCAGCAAGCUUCAAUUAUCGAGGGAAAUCCGCGUGAGAGCCAAACUACUCUGGACUUCUUCAAGUGUCAAAUUGGGCGCUGGCGGGCAGUCGAUGUCGCGAGAGACUCCCCUAUGGUUGAUCGGACGGUUGGCCUCUGGGAUGGCGUGCUUAAAGUCGUCGAAGAAAUGAACGACCUGGACUUAUUCAUGCCGAGAUCUCAUUGCCUCUGCCAUGUUGACCUACAUCCUCGUAAUAUCAUGGCAAGCAUAAGGCCGUUCGGCUGUAUUCAAAUCACAGGAAUUCUCGAUUGGGACGAAGCAGUCAUGGCACCAAAGUUCGUGAACUGUGAGCCUCCAGGAUGGCUCUGGGGUUUCGAUCCGGAUGAUCUUCCGCACGAUGAUUUACCCACUUGGCCAUAUGAGAGACCGGGAGCCAACGAGGUGCCCUCAACGUUGCAGAGUCAAGAGCUCAAGCGCAUUUUUGAACAUCACGCUGGAUCUGAAUACGUAAGCCUAGCGUACCAUGAGCAGUACCGCAUGAGCCGGGGCCUGUUCCGACUGGCAGUGUUCGGGCUGACUUCAAGCGAGAACUACAGCACAGCGGAGAGGAUAAUUUGUGAUUGGGAGAGGCUUCGUCAGUCUUUGAUAUGGUGA